AAAAAAAAGGUGUGGCUUCACGAUCAGGUUCACAACAACCUGCAUUUUGUCCUCCACGAGAGUGAAUCUCGCAGGCAGAUUGAAUGCUUUCAUGCCACAAUGUAGUAUUUUACUCCAUCUCGUUUUUUUCUUUUCAUUUUUUUGGCACAGCAAAGUUUUUCCACUCAUUUUGGAAUGGAUGAAGAAACAUCACUGUGAAGACAGCAGAACGAUGCUCAAGAGUGAGUUUGACAGGUAUGGAAAAAGACAGGGAAUGUUAGAAGACUGGUGGCACAGGAGAUGGUGCAGUGCUCCACGGCCUCGCUGCCUCCUCUUCGUAGUGGCACUGGCAGUCGUUUUGUUUUAUUACAGCGUAAACAUAGAGAACAGUGCAAGUGACUGGAGACCCGAAUGGUGGAUGCAACAUGAUGCAACAAAAUGGUGGAGUGUGCUGAAAAGAAUUGGCAACAUUUCUCUCACGGGAGCUGAUUGGCACGUUUCUCCAGAGUCAGAGGUCGUGAAAGCACUUGAAGGAAGUGACGCUGAAAGUCAGCUGCUCCCUGUACGCCGAAGCCCAUACAUUGUGGCUUACCCCUCUGAGUAUCACUUUAUUAUAAAUGAGCCAAACAAAUGUGACGAACAGAAACCUUUUGUGGUCCUGAUGGUGCCUGUGACGCCUCACAACAGACGCCAUCGAGACAUUAUUCGAAGCACCUGGGGCGGGGAAAGUGUGGUGUUGGACAAAGUGGUCAACGUCUUCUUCCUGAUGGGGCUGCAUAGCGGCGAACCUGUGGAACACCUUGAAGAACAGCUGCAGCAAGAAAGCAAGGAGCAUCAAGACUUGAUCCAAAGUAAUUUUCUGGACAGCUACAACAACCUGACCAUCAAAACCAUGGUGAUGCUCGAGUGGCUCACCUCCUACUGCUACGGUGCCUCUUAUGCCAUGAAGAUUGAUUCCGACAUAUACCUUAAUGUGCCAAAUCUCAUUUCCAUGUUGUUAAAUGCACCCACAAAAAACUACAUGACUGGACAUGUGGCCAGAGGAGCAAAUGUAUUGAGAAAUCCCACCGCCAAGUGGUAUGUCCCGGUGGAUAUUUACCCAAAAGCACAGUACCCACGUUAUGCUCUGGGCCUGGGUUAUAUUCUGUCUUUGGACCUGCCUAAAAAGCUUUUGGCAGCUUCCAGAUUUGUCAAAGCCAUCUACAUUGAAGACGUGUACUUGGGGAUGUGCAUGGCAUACCUGGGCAUUCCUCCCACAGACCCUCCACAUACGGAUUACUUCCAUUACAGUCCAGUGCCGUACAAUCGCUGUGUUUAUUCCAAACUUGUUGCCACCACCUUGGAUGAAGAUACCAAUCUCAUGUGGAUUUGGAAAGAUUUCCAUCAAGCAGGGAAUACCUGCUGAUCUGUCAAAGCACGACUUGCACUAAUGGAGGGCUCUCCCCGUAUAUGCUUUGUUGUUGUUGUUUUUAACUUUCUGACAUCUCUCGACACGUUUACAGUGAGCACAUGAAAAAGGAAUCGGUAUUUGAUAUCCAUUGCUAUUUGCCAACAACAGAUGGGGUAGCACCUCCAUUAUCUUUCCAACCAGAGAUUUGAGAAAAGCCCAAACGAAAUAUGUUUAUGCCACAAGAAACAAAACAAAAUACAUUAAAUGAAGCAUGAAAAAUUAAUUUAUAUUUCGUAAAUUUGACAAAGUAAUCGUUUUACCGAAGUGAGAUAUUAAUGAGCGACAAACCCGAAGUGCGAGUCACUGCAAGAUGACAAUAGCAGGGCGCACAACGGAGUGGUUGGGACAAAUCGUCUGUGUGUGUGUGUGGGGGGGGGGGGGUAUGGUGUUGUACUUUGUACUUAUUAAUAUUUUAAUAUUAAAUCCAUGGAUUUAUUUCAUGCAUGUUUUCUUAUGGAUCAUGAAGUCAUAAUGUAGAGCGAGGGGGGGGGGGGGAUCAGCUUGAUAAGCUGCACCUUCGCAAACAUUUAUAAUACUGUUUCUUUUCAAAAUGAUAAAUAUGUCAUAUAUUGAUCGGUUUGGUCUCCUCUUCAGUUUAGUAAAUAGUGAUUGACGUUUCUGUCUUUAUCUACUGGUUGACCUGAAAUAAAAAUGUGCUGGCUGCUU